CUGCAGCGCUUCACAGACUCUGUUUGUCCUUUCGUCACACACCUCCCACACAAAACCUCCACCCUUCCUGUAGGGAGCGUCAGUCCUCGGUCUGUCAGCGCGCACACACACAGAGGAGCACUGCUGUUGCUCGAGAUCUCGUUCCUCUUUUCAGCACCGGGACUCUCGGCUGGGAGCAGGCCGCACAAGUGAGCUUUUCGAGCAGGCCGUCGAGCGUCGGCCGUGGGAACAUGUGUACGGGGAAGUGUUCCCGCUGCAUCGGGGGGGCUCUGUUCCCCCUAGCAGUCACCUCCAUCAUCUGUAACAUCCUGCUGUUCUUCCCCGGCUGGGACACCAAGUACGCGAGAGACGAGCACAUCACCGAAGAGGUCAAAUACAUGGGAGGACUUGUUGGAGGGGGUCUCAUGGUGCUGGUGCCCGCCCUUCACAUCCACCUGACUGGGAAGCGGGGAUGCUGUGGAAACCGCUGUGGGAUGUUCCUGUCCAUUGCAUUCGCUGCAGUUGGUGUGGCUGGCGCCCUCUACAGCUUUGCGGUGGCAGUGCUUGGUCUACAGAAUGGGCCACUAUGCAAAGUUGUGGCAAUCUGGAUGACGCCUUUUAAAGACAGGAGUGAAAGUUACCUGACUGACCGAAGCUCGUGGAGCACAUGCUGGGAACCCAAGAACGUGGUGGAAUUCAACGUGGGCUUAUUCUCAACCCUGCUGGUGGUGAGCGGCCUGCAGCUGGUGCUGUGUGGCAUUCAGAUGAUCAACGGUCUGUUUGGAUGCUUGUGUGGUACCUGCAACAGCAAAGGGCCCCUGUGACCCGCUGUCAUCCAUGUUUGUCAUUUACACUCCAAACAACACCCGUGGUCAGCGCCGACUCCUCAGCCGUCUGUAGGGGAUUGAAGCGGCAGGCCCGAGAGGGGGCCUCAUCCGGCGCACAACUCUGGAUUUUGGAGGCUACCAUCACCAUGUCACCAUGGAUCUUUUUUUUCCUGUACUGAUGCGACAGUUUUUUAAACAUGCAAUGAAAACAGUAGAAAGAUGCUUCUUGUAUAUCCUGUCUGUAGGUCGUUUUUUAGCGUAGAAGUUUACAAUUUGGGAAGUAACAUGAAAAAUAAACUUGAAGGAAAAU